UAUCGGCUCCUCCCCCCCCCAAACGCCCAAACGCUGAACCUACAAUAUGAACGCCAGUUUAACACUUGUCUGAUCUCGAUCGCACCGUGUUUCGAUGCCCAAACUAUCGUCCCCGUUCGUUCUGCCCUGCUGCGCCCAGGGAUACCUCUCUCCUCCCACCACCCUGUGACCCCUCCUUAAAAAUAAUGACGGAGCCCAGAUAAGAAAGAUUCUCAUCACCAAACAUGGAUACUGGCGAGUCGCAAAAGGACCGGGACCAAAGAGUCGCCCAGCUCUGGCAACACCUCGACACCAAGGGGGAAGGUCAUCUUGACUUCACCGGCCUCAAGAAGGGCCUGAAAAAGAUCGAUCACCCGCUUAAGAAUGCGGACGAUAUGAUGCGGGAUAUCAUCAAGGUGGUAGACACCAACGGAGACGGCUAUAUAGAUUAUCCUGAAUUCCGGGCCUUUGUCGACCACACGGAGAUCGGCUUGUGGCAGCUAUUCGAGAGCAUUGACCGGAACCACAACGGAGAGAUCGAUAAGACCGAGCUCAAGACCGCCUUCUCAAAGUCCGGGGUUACCGUCUCGAACGCCAAACUGGAAGAAUUCUUCGCGGAGGUGGACAGCAAUAAGGAUGGCGUCAUUUCCUAUGCCGAGUGGAGGGAUUUCCUCCUCUUCCUGCCUGCCUACUCGUCCUCCAACCUCCGCUCUGUCCUGUCAUACUACACGGCCACGGGCAAUCUAAACCCGGAAGGAGAUGUCCACAUCAACGAUCUGCAGGGUUUAGGUACAGACCACUCGUUUCUUAGCCGUUAUAUUUUGGCCAUACAGAACCUCCUGUACAACGUUUUCCCAGUGCACGUUUUGACAAACCUCAUCCCGUCAGCUUACGCGGAGGCCGCGGGGAUAGCUACGCCUGGAUUCGCGUUUGAGAAUGAUUCUGUAUCUUUAGAUGGUGACCUGGAAUUGGAGUGGUUGCCUAUCCCCAGGACUGUCGCCAUGUGGAUGUCUUUCCGAUAUUAUGAACAGAAGUUGACCGAGAACACUCCUCAAUUAGGCUACUUCAUUGCGGGUGGUGUUGCAGGCGCCGUGUCAAGAACAGCCACUGCACCCUUGGACCGACUGAAAGUCUACCUUAUAGCACAGACUGGCGUGAAAACCUCGGCCGUCAGUGCGGCGAAAGACGGAGCUCCGUUGCGCGCAGCAGGGAAGGCGUCGAAAACGCUUCUCGAGGCCGUUAAGGAUCUUUGGCGUGCAGGCGGCAUCCGUAGUUUGUUUGCAGGAAACGGGUUGAAUGUUUUGAAGGUUAUGCCCGAAUCUGCCAUCAAAUUCGGAGCCUAUGAGUCUGCAAAACGUGCAUUUGCUCGCCUGGAGGGUCACAAUGACACUAAGAAACUGAUGCCUAUAUCACAGCUUUUAUCUGGAGGUUGCGGAGGAAUGGUGGCCCAGUGCUUUGUUUAUCCGCUGGACACGUUGAAAUUCCGUAUGCAAUGCGAUACUGUCGAAGGUGGCCUGAAGGGCAACCGACUCAUUGCGGCCACGGCCAGAAAGGUGUUGAACAAGAACGGCCUAUACGGCUUUUUUCGUGGCCUGCCUCUCGGUCUGGUUGGCAUGUUUCCGUACGCUGCGAUUGACUUGACCACGUUUGAAUACAUGAAACGAGCUUUGAUAGCGCGAAAGGCACGUCUGCACAACUGCCAUGAGGAUGACGUUCCCCUCAACAACUUCAGCACCGGAGCGAUUGGUGCCAUGAGCGGAGGCUUCAGCGCCUCCGUCGUCUAUCCGUUGAAUGUUCUCCGAACAAGAAUGCAGGCCCAAGGCACUAUUCUGCACCCCUCCACCUACGACGGCAUCGGCGAUGUUGCCCGCAAAACGAUACAGACAGAAGGGUUCCGUGGAUUCUACAAAGGGCUUACGCCUAAUCUUCUCAAGGUCGCACCCGCGGUGUCUAUCAGCUACGUGGUCUAUGAAAACGCCAAGCGAACGCUCGGGUUGAAAUAAACAACUCAGAGACCGGACCCGCUUGCUACUUUCCACCAGCCACGUCUACUGAACUCAUCAAUAACCCACCCAGGCUCGGGAAAAUAAUCAUUCGCGCCAUAUCGUCGCAUUUCUCUUUCUUCUUGACACCGUUUUUUUAGACAUUUUGUUUUUGAGAUACCCUCAAAGCCAGUGACCCUCCACAGGGCUCAGUUCUCUUUUGGGUGGAAAUGCGAAUUUUCCUUUCACCCCAUCCAUAUUCAUCAUCGCUCUGAUAGAAGACACGCCCUCCUUCCUUGCUUGCUUCCUUUUUCUUCUUUUUUGCUGUCCAUUUUCCCACCGCAAAUGCCGAUGGCUUGAC